GGAAGAAAAUAUUGAGAAAAACAAUGAAAUUAAGAAAGAAGAUAUUGUUGAUGAAGAAAUGGAAGAUGUUUUAAAAGAAUUUUUUGAUAAUAUUGGAGAAGCUAUAACUAGUACUCCUAUUCCGGGGGAAAAGCUUCAGGAGUUGCAGGCACAGGCUAUUGCAAUGGAUGAUGAGAUGAACAAUCUUCUUAAGAACAUCCCAAUCGAUCAUACCCCUUUAACUCACACUUUGUAAUUUAAUUUUUCAACUACUAAUAAUUUUUUUCAUUUUAAUUAUUUUCCUUGUAAUGGAAUCUCUUAAUUUUUCAAGUAAAGAUUUAAAAUUAAAAUUACCUUUUGGCUUAAUUAUUUCUGGCCCUAGUUCAAGUGGUAAGAGUACUUUUCUUCUCAAAUUCAUUUCCCAAGCCGCUGAUCUUAUACACCCUCCACCAAAAAGUACUCUCUACUGUUUUGGUGAAAUGAGCAGCAUUGUUCCCAAACUUCAAAGAUCGGGCGUUAGUGUUUAUGCCGGUGUAC